ACGUGGUUCCAUCCGCAAGUAGCCUUCCGACUGUACGAAGAUGCCUCCUAAAGCGAGUGGCAAAGCCGUGAAGAAGGCCGGCAAGGCCCAAAAGAACAUUAGCAAGACCGACAAGAAGAAGAAGAGGAAGAGGAAGGAGAGCUACGCCAUUUACAUCUACAAAGUACUGAAGCAAGUACAUCCGGACACUGGGAUCUCCAGCAAAGCUAUGAGCAUCAUGAAUAGCUUUGUCAACGAUGUGUUCGAAAGAAUCGCCGCGGAAGCGUCGAGAUUAGCGCAUUACAACAAGCGCUCGACUAUCACCUCCCGGGAGAUACAAACCGCGGUGAGGCUCCUGUUGCCCGGCGAAUUGGCGAAGCACGCGGUCAGCGAAGGCACGAAGGCAGUGACCAAGUACACUAGUUCCAAGUAAAUUGGAAUUACCUGCGACAUCUUAAACGGCCCUUUUCAGGGCCAACAAGAAUCUCGAACGUCGAACACGCAUUGGUUUACGCAUCUUUUAAGUCUUUCAUUUCCUGCGACGCCGUUAAGUAAUUGCUCGAGUUGUACGAGACGGUUCUAGCUUUUAAAGAAUUUUAUCUCAACAAUAUACAACAGCUUCGCCUGUUUUUCUUGCCACUGACCUCUUUCUUUGUUAUGUAAAUUCAAAUUUUGCUCGUGUUGUAACGAUUAAAAGUUCGUCCAGCGAUCUUUACUCGAAAUGUUUUAAAUGCAUCUACGAAAACGAAAUAUAUCGACGAAGUAAUUCUCAAUUUAGUUUUGGAGAGUACGUUAUUUCUGCAUUCACAGGCCUCGUUACAAAACCGAAAGCAACUAACAUUCCAUAAAAUGUAACAAAUAGAAUCAACAGUAAUUUAUAGACAGAACACAAAUAGAAUUUUGUAAUAAAGAACUGUUCUCUCUCUCUCAAUCCAGCUUGUAU